GAAAGGAGGGAGAGAGGGAGAGCUGAAAAGUGAGCUACUGUUGUCAGCGGAGCUCAGCACAAGGAGCAACUGAUACUCAGGAGCAACAGCAGCUGCUGCAGCAGUGAACAGUGAACAGUUGCCUCCGCCCCAUCCCCAAGCCUAGAUCCCACCGGUGCACUCUCACAGCCCUGGUCUUGCAGGCUAUUGCUGUGCUAACUGUACCACAGGAUGGAGGAUUCCCAGGAGACAUCACCUUCUUCAAACAACUCUUCGGAGGAACUCAGCUCUGCCCUGCAGCUGUCGAAGGGAAUGUCUAUCUUCCUCGACAUACUGAGAAGAGCAGAUAAAAACGAUGAUGGGAAGUUGUCCUUUGAAGAAUUCAAAGCCUAUUUUGCAGAUGGUGUUCUGAGUGGGGAAGAACUGCACAAGCUCUUCCAUACCAUUGACACGCACAAUACCAACAAUCUUGACACAGAAGAACUAUGUGAAUAUUUUUCUCAGCACCUUGGAGAAUAUGAGAAUGUCCUGGCGGCUCUAGAAGACCUAAAUCUUUCCAUCUUAAAGGCAAUGGGCAAAACAAAGAAAGACUACCAAGAGGCCUCCAACUUGGAACAGUUUGUAACUAGGUUUUUGUUGAAGGAGACCUUGAACCAGCUGCAGUCGCUGCAGAAUUCCCUGGAGUGCGCCAUGGAAACCACAGAGGAACAAACUCGUCAAGAGAGACAAGGCCCAACCAAACCAGAAGUCCUGUCAAUUCCAUGGCCCGGCAAACGAUCCAGCCGCAGAGUCCAGAGACACAGUAGCUUCUCUCCCAACAGUCCUCAGUUUUAUAUGAGUGGCCCAGGCCUGUUAGAGGAAGACAACCAGUGGAUGACCCAGAUAAACAGACUCCAGAAGCUCAUUGAUAGGCUGGAGAAGAAGGACCUAAAGCUUGAGCCUCUGGAGGAAGAAAUUUAUGAAGGAAACACUAAAUCACACAUCCUCCUUGUUCAGCGUCAGAUGUCUGUGGUAGAGGAAGACUUGGAAGAAUUCCACCUGGCUCUGAAACAGUAUGUGGAAAGUGCUUCCUCCCAAAGUGGGUGCCUACAUGUUUCUAUUCAGAAGCUUUCAAAGGAAUCCCGCUUUAUAGUUUAUGAGUUCUGGGAGAAUAGCAGCAUGUGGAAUAGCCACCUUCAGAUGAAUUACAGCAAGGCAUUCCAAAGGAGCAAUGUGGAUUUUUUGGAAACUCCAGAACUCACAUCUACUAUGCUAGUUCCUGCUUCAUGGUGGAUGCUGAACAACAACUAAAUGUCUUUAUUGUUCCAAGUAAACAAUGAAGUUUACAUUAUGUAAUUAUCUGUGGCUAUUAUCCUACUAUAUAUUUGAAUUGAAUGUUCCCUUUAAUGUAUACUUUUUUCUAGCCAGUGUUCUAGUCCUUGUGCAAAUUUUGACUAAAAUUUAAAAACUGAAUUCCUGUUAACUAUUUUCACAAUUAUGUUGCUUAAAUACUGUCCUAAAAUACUGUAUGUUUUUCAAAAUUAUGAUAUUUUCCAAGGCAUACAUAUGAAAAUUUCUCAUUAGAAACAAAAUUAUGAAUAUAGUACAGAACAUUAAUGGAAAAUUUAAGAAAAUUAUUUUAUUUCUUCAUAUGAUUAAUUUCUUCUUUGGUUACAUAUUGUUAAAAUGUUAAAUCAUGUUAUUUGUGAAUUGGGAUCUUUUGACUUUCUGGGUGAAUGGUUUAUUCUGUACUAUACUUUUUUCUCACUUCCAUCCCAAGUUGUUACUGGCACCAAUGUGUGUACUUAUUCCAUAUGACAAUUAAGUUAAGUCACAGAGCAUAAAAUAGAUUUUAGUGUAAUGUUUGUCCAUUAUCAGAUAAUCAGCCAGAUCUUCCUAAGGUGUAAACAAUUCCUGGAUAAGUUAAGAGUAUCAUUUAGUAAGGAACUUUUAAAGUAAUAUAUUACAAAUUCCUCACAAAUAAUAUGAAUAAUGUUGUUACUUUAAAUUUAAUGUAGUUCACAUAUAAGAAGUGUUCGGUACAAUCUAAAUCUUGCUUAUAAAUUAGGCACAUCUGGAUCCAAGGAAUUAGUUUUUGCUGUAGGAUAAUCUGGCUCAAAAUAAUACUGUGUUUGAUUAUAGCAUGUAACUGGUGGGAUGGUAUUCUAAUGUGAAGAAAAAAAACUUUAAAUUUCAUCUAACAUCAGAAUGCUUUAAAACUAAAAUAAACCAG